UCAAGAAACUAGAAAGAAGGAAGACCAUAUCGAAGAAAGUAGAAACUUGAAAGAGGAGAGAAACCAUACCCGAAACUUCAGAUCUCUCUCUGUCACACACACACCAGGGUCGCCGAUAAUCUCUCUGUCUAUACACACUUCUUCCUCACCACUGAUUGUUCGAUUGCCACUGUAUAACACACACUAUACCCUGCAUUUCUUUUCAUCCUCCCACAUCUCAUCUCUGUCUCUCUCUUACAUACACACGAUUCAAACCUUAUAUAUAUAGAUUCGAUCUUUCUGAUGCUUGCUAAUGGGCUUAAAUUAGCAAUGCUCAUAAAUUGUGGUUUCUCAAGAUCUUGAAAUUUCAUCUUUUUGAUAGGAAAUGGCAAUUAAGAGUGGACUACACGGUACGGGCAUUCAUAGGAAUAGCGUCGGUGGGUCUCGUUUUCCGAUCGCAAUUCUCAUUUUUUUCUCAGUUCUCGCGCCGUUGAUUUUCUUCGUUGGAAGAGGACUCUAUAUCGCAACUCCGAUUGAUCAAAAUGAUAUUUCAACUCGAUUUGGUGGACAGGAUGUAGAUUGGAGAGAGAGACUGGCUUUGCAACACUUUAAAUCUCUAUUCUCGAGAGAGGUAAUUGAUGUCAUUGCAGCCAACACAGAUGAUCUGGGACCUCUGAGUCUUGAGUUCUUCAGAAGGAAUAAUCUGUCUGCUUCUUGGAAAGUUGUUGGUCAGGAAUCUUCAGUUGAGAAUGACAACACUUUUGCUGAGCCAAACCAAAUAGCUGCAAACAUCAAACAAGAUGCUCGUAGAAGCAAACAGGAGGAUUCUUCAGGUGAUGACCACUCUCAGUUUGUUGAUACACCUGCCAGACUAGUGCGGAGGCAAUUGAGAGAGAUAAGACGCGAGAAGCGAGUGGCUGGCUUGGUAAAACAAGAUGAUGAAGUAAUUGUAAAACUUGAAAAUGCAGCUAUUGAACGUUCAAAAUCGGUUGACUCAGCAUUUCUGGGGAAAUACAAUUUAUGGAGAAAAGAAAAUGAGAAUGAGAACUCUGAUAUAACAGUACAUUUAGUGCGAGAUCAAAUGAUUAUGGCUAGGGUGUAUAUAAGCAUUGCAAAUAUGAAGAACAAGCACGACUUGGCCAAAGAACUACAGAAUCAACUCAAAGAAAGUCAUCGCGCUUUAGGGGAGGCAACUGCUGAUGCUGAUCUACAUCACAGUCCAUCCGAGAAAAUAAAAGCUAUGGGCCAAGUGCUGUCAAAGGCUAGAGAGCAACUAUAUGACUGCAAGCUGGUCACGGGAAAGCUUAGAGCAAUGCUUCAAUCUGCAGAUGAGCAAGUCCGGAGCUUGAAGAGGCAGAGUACAUUUCUGAGUCAGUUAGCAGCCAAGACAAUUCCAAAUGGAAUCCAUUGCUUAUCUAUUCGCUUAACCAUAGAAUACUACCUCCUUCCGCCAGAGAAAAGAAGAUUCCCCAGAAGUGAGAAUUUGGAAAAUCCAAAUCUUUAUCAUUAUGCCCUCUUCUCUGACAAUGUCUUGGCUGCAUCAGUUGUGGUUAACUCAACGAUUAUGAAUGCGAAGGAGCCUGAGAAACAUGUAUUUCAUCUUGUUACUGAUAAGCUGAACUAUGGAGCCAUGAAUAUGUGGUUUCUGUCGAAUCCUCCUGGAAAAGCCACCAUUCAUGUUGAAAAUGUUGAUGAAUUUAAGUGGCUUAAUUCAUCCUACUGCCCAGUUUUACGGCAGCUAGAGUCUGCUGCCAUGAAGGAAUACUAUUUCAAGGCAGAUCAUCACACCACUCUUUCUGCCGGUUCUUCUAAUCUUAAGUACAGGAACCCAAAAUAUCUUUCAAUGCUUAACCACCUCAGGUUUUAUCUUCCCCAGGUUUAUCCGAAGUUGGAUAAGAUCCUGUUUCUUGAUGACGAUAUUGUUGUCCAGAAAGACUUGACUGGAUUGUGGUCGGUUAAUCUCCAUGGUCAAGUGAAUGGUGCAGUAGAAACCUGUGGUGAGAGCUUUCACCGUUUUGAUAAGUAUCUGAAUUUUUCAAAUCCUCAUAUUGCAAGAAAUUUUGAUCCCAAUGCAUGUGGCUGGGCAUAUGGGAUGAACGUUUUUGAUCUUAAGGAGUGGAAAAAGAAGGAUAUCACUGGCAUAUACCACAAGUGGCAGAAUAUGAAUGAAGAAAGGGAACUCUGGAAGCUUGGUACUUUACCUCCAGGACUGAUUACAUUUUAUCGCCUGACACAUCCUCUUGAGAAGACGUGGCAUGUGCUUGGUCUGGGUUAUAAUCCCAGUGUUGAUCGGUCAGAAAUUGAGAAUGCAGCUGUUAUACACUACAAUGGGAACAUGAAGCCAUGGCUAGAGUUGGCAAUGACCAAGUACCGAUCAUACUGGACCAAGUACAUUAAGUUUGAUCAGCCCUACAUUCGCAGCUGCAAACUGGUGAGUAAAUGAAUGUUGGAAUAGUAAGGUACAACCAGAUCCUCUCUCUCUCUCUCAUUUGAAUCAUCAGUUUAGCUUGAUUUAGUAUUGGACAGGGGAGGUGUUUUGCCUGUUCUGUGCUUUGUUUCCUUUCCCUAUUUUUUAAAUUGUUCAUUCUUAUGUGUAGUUCAAAUUUUCUUUUCCAUUUUUAUCAUCCCCACUUUCUGGAACUUGCUCAUGAAGCCUACACUUUGUUGAAUUGUAACAACUCCCUUCUGUAUAAAAGUUAUGUCUGAUUUGAACUAAGGCAAACUUUAAUUUUAAGAUUUGAUUGCGAAUUUGGUGUAUUAUUUGAAUGGAAUCUUACACUUUUUUCGUAGUUAA